AUUCUCUAUGAACUCUGACCUUUAAUCAACUAAGGUAUUUCUUGGGCCACACCGAGCAACUCUGGGUUCAGUAUGUCUCUCUCUCUUGUGUCCUAUGGAGACAGUGAUUCUGAUAUUGAGCCAGAAGAUAACAGUGCCAAGCCAGGCUCUGAUAUCAGAAAGUUGCUCUCUGUCCUUCCUUCAAGUAGAAGAUCACUGAAACAGAAAGGACCUGUGAAAAUUGGACUCCCAACACUCAACAAAGGAGACGACUCAGAUUCUGAUGAUGACGUGCCUCAAACCAAGAGAAAGAAACAGAGCGGGAUUGGACUGACUGCUCUCCUGCCAGCACCCAAGGGAGGAAGCAAAGAGCUGGGCUUUGGCCGGAAAGGCUCAUCCAACACAAAGACUAUGGUACCUUACACACUUUCAAAAAGGUACCAGGACUCCAAGAAGAAGACGUCUCUCCCCAAGAAGACCAAACUAUCUACAAAGAGUAGUGGCGAUGGCAGUGAUAGUGAUGGAGAGGCACCUGUCAGCUUCUUUUCCUUAGACGAUUCCCCUUCAGUUCCAGAGCCGUCUAUUUCAAUUCCAUUGCCUGAUGAUUGUAUUCCAGAACCAGAAUCUAAAUUAGAGACACAAGAACAAAACAACACCGCUCAAUUCAGUUCAGUUGGACCGGUCCUACCAGAACAGUACAGCAAUUACUAUUCAACUUCUCAUUGUCAUGGCACAAAUGAACAAUAUUCGUGUGUACAAAAUCAAAGUGUACAAGGAUAUUCAACCCAGUAUCCCGCAGUUACACAAGCUCAAUCACAAACGAGCAAAGGAGAGAUAAGCAGUGUCUCAAGUAUGUCUGCAGUGGGCCCAGGUCUGAGUAUUGACGAAGAUCAGCUUCGUCGUCUAGCGGGUGUGAAGAGGGGCCGGAGGAGGGAGGAGGGACUUAACAACAUCACAGAGAUUAGGGAGGAUGACGUAAAGGAGAGCAUCAAAACCUUUCAGAAAUACCACACUGAGGAUUCAGUCAACAAGUUUUUCCAAAAUGAAGCUUCUAAAAUGGAUGCUCCCACUGGCCAACAGAAAAGAAAGCACCAGUUGUCUUUUCUUGCCCACCAGGCUAAGGCAAAUGAGUUGGAGUUGAGUAAGCACUGGGCACAAGCAGCUGCCUCAAGGAGACAAUCACAAAUGAAAUAUGGCUUUUGAACAUUGAACAUUGAAGUUAUGCAUGUGUCACGACUUUUUUGUAGUCAGACAUCAUGUACAUCCACAACUGCUGAUUCUGACAAAAUAAUACUCAACUCAACAAUACUCGUUGCAGUGCA